AUUACGAAUAAGAAACUGGAAAGUAGUCUUAAUAAUAAUACAAUAAUCAGUAAGUAUAAAAAAUGGGGAAGAGGACAGCAUUAUUUGUAGUGUCGGUGGUGGGGAUGUUGGCCGUGAGCUGGUGUUGGGGAGAGGAGGCGGCGGAGAAAGCAAAUAUGGCGGCGGGAGAGAUGAAUAACAAAGGUCAACAGGUUAAGCAAAGUGCUUCUGAAGCAAUGGACGAUGCUAAAGAGAAGACUGGCUCUUGGGCUGAUUGGGUCGCUGGCAAAUUCUCACAGUGUCAAGACGAGGCCCAAGGAUUAAUGGAUAAGGCUAAGGAUACCGCAUCAAAUGCAAGAGAUUCCAUAAAUACUGCAGCACAUGGAACCCAAAAGUAUGGUUCUCAAAAGGCCAGUGAAAUGGCUGACAUGGCAUCCGACAAAUAUGGUGAUGCUAAAAAUCUUGCUUCCGAGAAGGCCAAUCAAGCUAUGGAUGCAGCUGCAGAUACCACUCGUCACGCCAGUGAAAGAGGAAAAGAAAAUGCAUAUGACGCUUAUGCCUAUGCAUCGGAGAAAACUGGUAAAGCCACAAACAUGGCUACCGAUUUCGCCAAAGAUAAAGCUCAUGAUGCUUAUGCCUCCGCAUCUGCUAAGGCAGGUCGAGCCACUAACGUUGCUUCUGAUAUGGCUGCUGACGCCAAAGAAAGAGCCAAACAUAAAGCUUUUGAUGCCAAUGAUUUUGCCAAAGAGAAGGCUCAUGAUGUUUAUGCCUCGGCAUCUGAUAAGGCAGGUCGAGCCACUAACAUUGCUUCAGAUAUGGCUGCUGACGCCAAAGAAAGAAUUAAAGAUAAGGCUUAUGAUGCCCAUGAUUUUGCCAAAGAGAAAGCUCAUGAUGCUUAUGCCUCCACAUCGGAUAAGGCAGGUCGAGCCACAAACAUUGCUUCAGAGAUGGCCGCUAACGCCAAAGAUAAAGCUUAUGAUGCCAAAGAUUUUGCCAAAGAGAAGGCUCAUGAUGCUUUUGCCUCGGCAUUGGAUAAGGCAGGUCGAGCCACAGACGUUGCUUCAGAUAUGGCCGCUAGCGCCAAAGAAAGAGCCAAAGAUAAAGCUUAUGAUGCCAAUGAUUUUGCCAAAGAGAAAGUUCACGAUGCUUAUGCUACCGCAUCGGAUAAGGCAGGUCGAGCCACAAACAUUGCUUCAGAUAUUGCCGCUGACGCCAAAGAAAGAGCCAAACAUAAGGCUUAUGAGGCCAGUGAUUUUGCCUCUGAGAAGGCGCACGAUGCAGUAAAUGCAGCUUCCGAAAUGGGUAGUUCAGCUAAAGAGAAGGUUAAGGAUAAAGCUUAUAAUGCCUAUGGUUUUGCAAAUAACAAAGCAGGUCAAGCAAUGGAAAAGGCUUCAGACAUGGCCGGUGAUGCCAAAGAAAUUGGUAAAGACAAAGCUUAUGAUGCUUAUGGAUAUGCAUAUGACAAGAUGGACCAAGCAAGGGACGGGGCUUCUAACAUUGCUGGUAAUUCAAAAGACACUAUGAAAGCCAAAGCAUCCGAUGCAUCAUAUGAUUUUGCCUCCGGUAAAGCGGAUAAAACCAUACGAAUGGCUACUGAUAGAGCCAACGAUGCGAAAGAGAAAGCAUUUGAUGGAUAUGAGGGUGCGAAAUCAAAGGCUUAUGAAACUUAUAGGUCUGCUAAGCAUAACAUGAAUGAACAAGUCAAGGAUAAGUAUGAAACUGCAAAAGAGAAGGCUUCGGAAGCUACAGGCAAAGUUGGAGCAAAGAUGAGAAGUGGCGGUAAAGAAUUAUGAGCAAUUUAGUACAAUUAACAGCCCCUGAAAUUAAAGGAAAUCUCACAUGCAAAGAGGUUCCUAUUAGGUGAGUGGCUUAGAUUUCACUAUUGUUUUCUUCUUUUUUAUUUUUUGGUUACCUAUUCUUUUUAAUUUGUAGGACAGAUGAAAUUCUUGACCAACUCAAUUCCGCAUGGUCAUCGCUUAGGUUAUUACUUAGUUAAUAAAGAGAAUAUGUCAUUGCAAAAGUGAACACGCUGCACGCAUGCUAACAAAGCUGAAAUUUUUUUUGUACCAAAUGUAAAAUCUUAGUACUGUGUUGAAAAUGCUGUUACUAUCGUUGAAUUUC